AUGGAUCAUUUUGAGAGAAUUCGAAAAAUUGGUAAAGGGAAUUUUGGGGAUGUUCUUUUGGUAUCAAGAAAAAGUGAUGGAAAAGUAAGAUGACUCUUUCUAAUUACAGCAAUUUGCACUAAAAAGAGUAGAUUUGAGUCUGAGAGAAAGUUUUGUGGUUGACCCUCUCAAUGAAGUUAAGGUUCUCAAAUCGUUAGACCAUAUGAACAUCAUUAAACAUUAUGAUUCGUUUGUCCACAACAAUAAACUGUGUAUUCUAAUGGAAUAUGCCGAGAAUGGUAAAUUUUGAAAAAAUAAUCCAAGCUGAUCUCAGUUUAAAAGUGAAGGAAGCUAAACAAAACAAAUAAUUCAUUCAAGAAUCUACAGUUCUGUAUUUCAUUUAUGCAUUAUUAUAGAUUCUUGCCUGGUUGACCUAAUUGGCAGUAGCGCUCGAUUAUCUCCAUUCUCAAAAGAUACUUCAUAGAGACAUCAAAGUUCAAAACAUAUUCCUUUGCAAUGAUGGAAUUGUAAGAUCACUAUUAAAAUAUAAUAGGUGAAAUUGGGUGAUUUUGGCAUCUCUAGAACAUUAGAAAACACAUCUGAAUUGGCCUAAACUUCAAUAGGUAUUAAUUAAUAGAAAACGAAUAAAUUAGGAACCCCAUUUUAUCUAUCCCCUGAAUUAUGUUAGAACCAGUCCUACAAUCAUAAGAUUGACAUCUGGAUGUUGGGAUGUGCCAUUUAUGAAUUAUGUACAUUACAAAAACCAUUCACUGCUGAAUCAAUCAAUGUAAUAUAAUCAAUUUUAAUCAAAGGCUUUGGCAACCAAAAUUAUAAAUGAGUAACAUACAAAAAUCUCUGAUCACUAUUCAGAUUUUUUGUCAAAUCUCAUUGAUGAAAUGUUAUAAAAACAACCAGAAAAAAGACCAGAAAUUUCAAAAAUCCUUUCAUUCCCCUAAAUCCAAACGGAAAUGCAAAAGCAAUCUAAAAUUUAUCAACCUCCUAAAGUUCCUUAUUCAAAUAAUGGAUUCUCAUCCAGUAAAAAAAGCAACAGAAUGCAACAGAAUUCUAUACAUUUUCUAGUUGAAAAAUCGAAAUAACAACAAGGCUCAUCACCUAUUUCUUCUAGAAGAAGCUAGUCUAAACUCAACACUCCCUAUUAAGGCUAUAAAACGGAUGCUAUUGAUUAAAAUAGUCCUAAUUUUAAAUUGAAUGGAAAACUAUUAGCAUCAAAUUUACACACUCUUCCAGAUUAUAUAGAUGAUCAAUAAAAAGCCUAAACUCCUAUAUCUACUCAGAGAACGGAAUCUAAUGAAGUUAAUUCAAAACAUCUAAAAUAUUAAAAAUCUAUUUCUAUUAAUACUCAGAUUGAUGAUAAUAAUAAUAAAAGAAAUCCGGAAGUUGAAAGCUAGCCUACACUAUUAAAAAAUUAAAAAUCAUUCACUUUUGUUGAUUUAUUUUUCAAUCCUAAUACUCCUACAUCCCCUAAUAGAUCAUUACUAUUAACCGACUUCCUUAAAAGAAAGCUGGGAAAUGAAAAAUUUUAUUAAAUGAAAAUAGUAUUCUAUUUAAUAAUCAUCUUAGUUACUUGAGUAAAAUAAUGAUCCAAUUAAGUUGUUAGAUUAAGAAAAAGGGUUAGUCUAAGAUAUCAUAGGAGAACAAAACAUGGAUUGUAUUAGAGUAAAAUUUUAAUGAAUUUAUUAGAUUUUUAAACUUUUGAUCAGUUGUUCUAUAACUCCUUAAGCAAGUCAUGGUAGAGCUAAAAGUGCUUAGGUGUUCACCCAAGAAAAACAAGAAACACUAAUAGAUAUCAUAAAAGACUCUGACUUUUAGCCUUCAAAUUCCAUAGGCUCAAAUCCAGGAUUAGAAAUUUCAUUCAAAAAUCUCUAACAUUUUACUGAAGACUAAUAAUCAGAAAAUUUAUAAUUAAAGGAAUGA